AUAGUUUAUUACAAUUUAGAAAGGGAUAAAAAAAAAAUAAGUUACACUGUUAACGAAUAAACCAUGAAUAAACCUUGACGAUCAAUUUCUAGAUCCAGGCCAGAUCUAGAUCUAUUUAGAUUCUAGUUUAACUUUGGAUCUUCUCUUGAUUUAAAUUACAAAUAUCAACUUCAAAGUCUUCGUGGACACUUUUUGACUGCCAAAGCAAUGUAAUGUGUAUUGUUGAGUCUCACUUCUUUGUGUUCAAAAUGCCAUGAGACAUGUGCGGCUGAUUCCAUGUAUCAGCAGUUAACGCCCUUGGCUUGAUAAGAUGCCAGCACCCAAAAAUCUGCCCAAAACUUUACCUGUCACACCAGAACAAGAGGGCCAGUUAUGGGAGAAUAAGCAAUUGAGUCUUGAGUCUUCCGCUGGGCUCAUACAUGCUGUUAUUUUCUACCUGAUCAAAUGCUUUGGUGUGUGGGAAGCAAAGUAUCUAAAGCUGUUAACCACUGAACAUGUCAAGUACGAUGAAGAUAAGCUAGGAAAAUUUGUCACAAUUGAUACAACAUCUAUUGCAAAGGCUGGAAAGGUGAUACGCCGGUACGAUGAUCCUGAAAACCCCAGGAGCUUGUAUAAAAUUAUUAAGAUCUAUCAGGGCUACCUGGCAAAUGAAGGUCCGUUACUCGUACGUCCAAUUUCCUCCAUAAAAGAUUAUAUCUGCUAUAGCCCUUGGCCUUUAGGUGUAGGUAUAGUAGACCAGACGGCACAAAACCUUUUAAAAGAUCUUGGUGAUCAGCAUUUAUAUACAAAUGCUUCGAUAAGCCUUAUGGCUAUUGAAACUCUGAAAAACAUUGGGGUUGGGACCCAUUGUAUGGGAACCUGGACGCAGCAACUUUAUUCACUGUAUACUAAAAGCAAUGCUAAAGAUGUCUUUGGGGUUUGCAUGAAAACCAACUGUGAAAAGAAAAAUUUAAAUCUCUGCUUGCUAAUAAGUAGGCUGCUAGACCCACCGUACCCUCCAGACAGAGCAGACGUGGCAGAGCUGGAGAACAAAAAACUCAAACUGGUUGAUGUCUUUUUUGAAUCGCAGCUGACAAGUUUGAGCUCCGUCCACCCAGAUGAUGAUGAUGUCAUCUAUGAGAAGACUGAAGAAAUAGUCAAAGAGAAAAACACCAAGAAAUUCACAGACUCUGGGGGAAAUAAGAAAAACUCAAAUUUGACAAAAAGACACAGGCUAUCCAAACGAGGCUCUAAAUCAGGCUGUGAGACUUUUUCACCUAGGUUUAAAAAAAGAAAAACUUCAAAAAAUGUUCAGAAUGGACUCAAUGAAAAUUCCAGCCUUUCUGAAAAAGCUCCAGUGAAAAUAAUUUCUGUAUCUUCCAUUCCUGAGAGCAGUUUUUCAGUUCAGAGGAAUGAGGAUAAAAUGUCUUUAAGUGUGGAGAAUGAUAAAAUUAAUCAUGAAGAUGCAAAAGACAAUCAGUUGGUUCUGGAAAACAUUAAAAAGGAGAAUGUGGAUGAGGGAGAUGAUCUCCCUUUAACUUUUAUUAAAAAAGAAAUUAUUGAUGAAGCUGAUAACAAAACCAUGUUUCAGCCACAGGAACCAUUGGAAGAUAGAAAAAAUCUUCUGACUGCAAUAAAAGUUGAUUUAGAUGAUUUGACGUGGCCUCAAAAUGAGACUCAAGAAGAGCACUGUUUAUCUACAGAAAACACUGUGAUUUUGGCAGCAGUACCGAAGCCAUCUGUGGACAGUAUUCUUCUUUUACGUAAACUUUGGAAGCAAGAGGCAGAACUUCAACCUCAUGACUUAGACAAAAGUGAAUAUAAGCAGUUUGUGCCAGACACCAAGUUAGGAAUGAAUGUGGACCUCAGCCCGCCUGUGUUGUCUCCUCAAACCAAAUCUACAGAUGCAGAUGAUAACGUAGAUAUAGAAACAGCCAGACAACUUUAUUUGCUUCCCUCUAAUUCACAGCCUACCUCGGAUAAUUGUGUCAAAACAAGCCCACCUGCUGACAAUGGUGUGGCAUUGGCCACUGCUAAUAUUUUUGAACCCAUAUCCAGUGAUUCACACAAAGCCACAGAAUCACAGUUUGUUUUGAGCAAUUUUCCUUCCAAACAGUCAACGAAAAUUUCCACAUCACCUUUAAGCAGUUUUCCCCUCCUGAUGUCUGCACUAAAAACUGCUAUCCCUCAAGAAGCCAGUGCAAUCAUCCCGUCUCUGGUCAGCACACGUCCAGUAGCUAAAUCACGAAAGAAGUUUAAAACAUUAAAAUGGAGCAAAGUCCUUAGUAGCAGGCUGUGCAAUUCCACCAACCUAAAGCAGCGUCUCAAGUCAAAAAUUGCUACUUCCAGCGUUAGUGACAAUGCUGAAUACUCAUCUUCACCCAAGAAGACACUAAAAGCACCAACAGUGUCUUCUGCUGUCUCAGGAAAUAAUGUGCCAGUCUUUCCUUCAAACUCAUCGUUGUUGAACUCUCCUCUUGCUCAGCUUCAGCCUCACUCUGGUAUCUACCAUCUCAGCAGCGACCAGGAAAAGCAAGCAGCCUACCAGACAGUAAAAAUUCGCACAGACAGUGGGACAAAACUCUUUACUAUUGGUGACCAGCACUUAGAACAGUCGGCUUCAUCCAUGGUGCUGACUUCCGAGACAAACAUUGGGGACUACUUUCCGGAAGGGACUAUGAUCCCUGCUAAUGGUCUCAAACUGUUGACUAGAAACGGCCCCAAUGGCUUAGAGGUGUUGCUGAAGUUUGAAUACACCAGCGGUAGUAGCUCUAGCAAAAAACAAUAAUUAGUAUAGAGAGGCCUUUAUCUUCAUUCUGUAUUACUUCUAUCUUGUUAAACUGUAUAUAUUUAUAUCACAACAAUAUAUGGUUAAAAUAUUUAUUGCUGCAGUUGUGAAACAAUUUUUAAAAUGGGGCCUGUGACGCCAAUACAAAGUAAUAACUUGGUCUAGGAUUACCAAGAACGUUAUAAAUUGUGCUUGUGUAAUUUAGUGGCACCGUUACUUCUGGGAAAUUUAAGCCUCAGGGCUGGAGUAAACUUGUGAGUUUUACUUUGGUUUUAAGGUUACUUGUUUUUAUACCAUUGGUGGUAAGGACAAUGUUGGACAUGGUAAAUUAUCAUGGUACUAUACAAGUAUUUUAUUCUAUUUAAACUCUGAUCCCAGUAAUUUUAUUUCCCUUACUGUAGGUGUUGAAGUGUUCAAAUGAAGCUACGCUUAUCUAUUUUUAUUAUAUAUCUAUUUUAUGAUGAAUUAUUUUUUUUAUAUACAUUUUCAGUUUGAGAAAAAAAGAUUAAAAGCCCUUUCUAUGGCAAUCUUUAUAAUAUUUUAUGCAUUUUUCAGGUACCCCUUAUUAGUGUUUAUUUUAAUAUUCAUAUGAGAUUCUGAUAGGACUUUCUAGUGUUUGUUUCAUAUAUAUUGUAUAUAUAUUUAUAUAUAUAAUGAUUGAAUUUUGCAGGUGUGUAUUUGUUUUGUUUUUGCAUGUUUCUGCUGUUCCUUCAGAAUGGAAGAUUGUUACAGAAUUGCCCGAACCUCCCAUAGGACAACAGGGGAUGGUGGCAGGCUUGGUUUGAACCUGCGACCAUCGAAAUGACAGUCCUGAGUGCACACAACAUGACCAGGCAGCCAUCCAAGAGCAAUAC